UGUAGGCGGGAACUUUCACACAGAUACAUUUCACUCAUACCUGUCACUUCAAAGUCAGUGUCAUUCACUCUACAUUUUAGUGAUUGAUUAGACAGCUUCUAACAGCCUAUCUCUACUGUCUGACCAGAAUCCUUGUCUAUCUCUUCUCGUUCAAUAUUCUUAUCAGUGCAUUGCCUUACCUUCCCACGAGCAAGAACAAGGCACAUUCAAACCCGCCGACCGACAUUCGUGGCCAUGAAACUUCGACACUCCAUCCGUCCUCCGAAUCCGCAAUAUAUUGAUUACAUUCCGAACCAACGCCCUGCUGCGUUCCCGACGCGGGAUUUCGCACGCGCCUCCGAACAAAAUGGAAACGCAGAGGAUGGAUUAAGUCAAAACAACCAGACAAACGGGAGGAAGAGCCUAGGAAGCCCCAGUUUGUUGGCGGCCAACGCCGAGAGCCAUGGAGACAACUCUUUGUCUGCUGUCUUAGAGGGCAUACCGGCGGAUCAGCUUGACAAUUUCAUUGCGAGCAAUGGGGACCUAAAUCCGAUAUGGGUUAGCAAUAUGGCUAAGAUGGAGGCUUCGGGGAAGAACUUCCCCGAGGACUCCAUGGAUCUGGAUGUAAAUACGGGGUACGCUGCAUAUGAAGCUAUGGUUCUGGAUAUGGAAGACACUGAUGUGGAUGGAACAAUGUCUGAGGCUCCCGGGCCUUCUUCGACAGGACCACGAGACCCAAGCUGGAGCGAUCUCUCACGCCGAAUGAAAGCUGAAAUACUGGACAAUCUACUCGGGUGCUACAGCCGCCGCACCGUGUGCCGUAUGCUCGGAUUGACCGACGAGGAACGCAGUGCUAUUAAGGACCUCAUAGGAUAUCGCCGGGAGCAAGACAAUUUGGAAGAUAACCUGCUGAAAGCCAUGCGGGCAAAACAAUUGAGAGAAUUUAUGAAAAUCGACAACAGUCUUCGAAACCACGUCCAAUCAGAACCCCUCGGUUUCAAGAAAGCUUCUCGCCACACGUUCCGCAGGCUGAACAAACUCAUCAAUCCGAACGUCGACUUCUUUGCUUGCGAAAGCUCUGAGCUUACGGCUGCAAGGAAUUUCCUACGCAGACGAGAGAUAGAGGCUAAAGCUGCGGGAAGUUGGGGGAAUGAGAUUGGUCUUUCUCAGCCCUACAAAAACGGGGGAGGAGCGUCUUCUAAAAUGCAAAAGCGCCCUCCACCUGCACAUCCACCACCUCUACGACCACUAAGUCUACUGCCCCUCAACUAAAAUCAUCUGCCGCAGUGAAACAAGGGUCUACAGUCAGCCCCAGAGAAUCACCAGCCAGCAGCAGCUCGGAAUUCCAGCAACUUAAUCGUGAUUUAACUACGCCGGCCAAAUUACUCACCCUCCGCAACAGAGAAAAGGUCGACAUCGAAAGGAAUAAUGGCGAGAAGGGAGACUCACAACAGAUCGACAUCGAUGGUUGUCGGGAUUUAUCGGUAUCCGCCCUCACGGUGGGGGAUUCCCCAUGCCCUAAGAACGCCCCGCCCUCUUUCG